AUUUAUUUUCGAAUGAUAUCCGAGGCGAGUGUACCGCCAACAUUUAUGCAAAUAGCUGAAACCGCCAACCUGUGGCUCAUGACAACAGUUCAACAUACUCGUCGGCGCAUAUAAUUGUGCGACGGUCUUGAGCGUUGUAAUUUGUGAGCGUAUGUUUUUCUCGCUAACUUGAAUCACACCAACACCACGAAAAGAUCGUGAUAUCAAUUGUUCUGUCCAUGUUUUAUUGUUUUCGUGGCGAGUGAAACCCGAGGCCGAACACUGGCCUUACUUGUGUUGUGUCAGGUCUCGCAGAGGUAGAAAUACCAGGCUGAAUGAGAGAUUCCAUCAUAUCUGCAUCAUGGUUUCCCUUAAGAACUUCUAUACUCCACGCCAGACUCGCGAGCAGGUCUUCGCCGAUAUCCAGAGCGUCCUAGAUACUAUCCUUGACAUCUGCACUGCCAACAUGGACUUACUGACCCAAGAGGAGCGAUCGUCUUUGAUGGAUGAAUACGCCAGUCUUGAAGAUGCUUAUGAUCAGUCGAACAAGGACAAGGGCACAUCUUUCAAUAGCACCUUGCCCGGGCUACUCGACGAGUGCGAGAAGUUGAAGUUGAGGGUACAGAGGGCGUGCAGGAAACGCCGACAAGAUAACAUAAGAAAAGCGCCAGUAGCUCCAGCAGCUAUAGCUACCCCUGAAUCUUUCAAAUCAUCCAUUGCGCUGAUUGAUCCCGACCCAUCUCUCAGGGCCCCAUCCGAAAUUUCCAUUUCAGCUCAGUCCAAUCCCAAUGUUGCCACGACAGGCGGAAACGCCUCGUACCCGAGCGCUCCCAGCCUUCUAACAGGUACAAGCAAUUCUGUAGUCUCUGCCAGUAUUCCUGUAGCCCAAGAAGCAACCUCGAGCACCUCCGCAGCACCCACGGAGAGAAGUCCACUUGCAUCGCCUGGCGACACAAACUGCAUGAUAUUCGACCAACAAUUGUCUGUCGGGUCACCUACAUUUAACAUUGACUCCGAGGGGGCAACCGGAGCAACAUUUAUAUCCUGUUGUGACGAUCCAUCUCUCGGGAUCUCAGCACGGCGUGAGGGUGUCAUGUAUUUCGGCCCUGGCAUGACAGCGUCUAGCCCGACCUUGAACAUCCGGUCUCCGGGUUCUUCUGGCGUCCAACAAAUUAUUUCUUACCGCCAGAACCGUUGACUGAAUCAUUCAGUUGAACGAGCUACCUAUAAUACCCACAAGCCUUGCACCUGGACAUGUGAGCGUAGAGUAUUAUACAAAUUUGUAAAUAGCUGUGCAUAAUAGCGACUUGUAGGUCCAUAUUACAUAAAUAGUACAUAUGCGACAUCGAAUGCGUUUCAAAAAGGCUUCUUCUAUUCGCUGUGCAGCUGUAUUUGCCAGCAAAUGAGAUGUCUGACGAGAACUCGGAAUGAUCACGCAGUA